UUUUCUAUUUGCUGUAAGCGACCUCGCCACAUCUGUCUGCGAUUUUCAGGCCUUCUUAGUGAAACCGGCUGGUGAUAAUCUUUAAAAAUGGACUUAAGUGGGAAGCUGAUAAUAAAAGUUCAGUUGGGUGAGGAUAUACGGAGGAUCCCCAUACACAAUGAGGAUAUCACCUAUGACGAGUUACUACUCAUGAUGCAGAGAGUGUACCGGGGCAGGCUCUCCAGCACUGAUGACAUCACUAUCAAAUACAGAGAUGAGGACAAGGACCUGAUCACAAUAUUUGAUGACUCGGACCUGACUUUUGCUAUCCAGUGCAGUAGGAUCUUAAAAAUUACAUUGUUUGUGAAUGGACGACCUCAACCAUUGGAGACAGAGGAAGUGAAAUUAAUAAAGAAGGAACUGCAGCUAGUUCGUGAUACAGUUAACCACCUUCUGGACAGACUAGAACCACAGGGGGAGAUAACUAGUUCAGGCGAGGCCAAUGUCAAAGAUGAGCCAAUGGUUACAGAGAGUGGGAGGAGUCAAGUAACAGUGACUGCUUCUGGGUCAGUGCCGGUCAAUGCCCAGCAGGGAAAGGAGUUUGACCCACUCUCCUCACAGCGGUCAACAGAUGAAUCCCAACAGAGCAAAGUCAUCUCAUCAUUUGGUUUGCCCGGUCAGGACAGGUCAGGAACACCAGACAGUUUAUCUAGUAUUGGUUCAUCCUCCAGUAACCAGCUGAAGGCCCAACAACAGGCUCAACAGCUUCUUCAACAACAGACACAACAACAACAACAACAACAACAACAACCACAGCAACAACAACCAGCACCAUCACAACCCGCUACUAGUGAUGUCAACACAUCUGGUUCAGCCUUUGCGGCACCCCAACCUCCCCAGGCCCCCACCCAGACACACAUGAACCCAUCACCACAGCACCAGAUGUACCAGGGAGGCCCAAAUCCUCAACAACAACAUCCUGGACAACCAAGCUUCCCAAACCCUCAGCCAGCCUACCCUGCAGCAGCAUCUCCUAGCUCUGCACCCAGCCAACAGCCUGGAAACAACACAUACCCACAGGCCACUCCAGGUUACGCAGCUGGGGGACCUGGACAACAACAACAACGCCCUCAGCAGCCUCCACAGGUACCUGCUCAGGGUAUUCCCGGCCAACCAAGCUUCUCCCAACAACCCCAGUCUAGUUCCUACGCUUACCAGUAUGGUAAUCAGCCGGCCAUGCCUCAGCCAGGCAUGGCACCUACACAAGCACAGGGCGCUCCCUGGAAUCAACCUCCGGGAGGAUACCAGAGCUACACUGGUCAGCCACAACCCUCAGGAGCCCCCACCAGCUCUCCCUCUGGGACUCCUGGAUCAGCAAGCCCUUCAAAUCCCUACGCCCGUGGGACAGGACAAGGCUAUGGGGCUGGGUACCCUAAACCAACCCAGGGCUACACACAAAGCUACAAGUGACAAAAUAGUUUUGGACACUAGAAAACAUUAUAUUCUCUGAUGUCAUUUCAUUCCUCCUGUCACACCGAUGUGAUGUCAGGCAUUUUUAGAAGUCUUCU